AUAAUACUAAUAAUUCAACUCUCAUUUUCUACUGAAACAAAUUUCAAAUUUACUGUCAGAACAAAUAAAAAAGUAAAUCCUCUCAACUUUUUCUUUUUCUUGAAUCAUUUUUGUAUCGUAGCGCACAAAAAUUGAAAAGAAAAUCAAAUAAUCAACCGCCAUUAAUAAGCAAGCAGUUCGGCUCCUGAAUUUCAGAAAGUAACAGUGAAACGCGUCGAGAUCGGAGCCUGUGAUGACUUAGGGUUUUUCUUCACUUUUCAGCUCUUAUAAACCCUAAGGAUUAAGGAGAUUGUAUGAAAUUAGUUGAAGUGGAUUUGAUUAAAGAGAUUGAUUUAGGUGAAAAUUGUGGUGAAUUUUGGAAUUGAGAAGCGGAAUUAAUUAAGGAAGAGGUUUAGGGAAAUGCCGGAGGAAGAGUUGGUAGAGCUGAAGUUUAGAUUGUAUGAUGGAUCGGAUAUUGGACCGUUUAGGUAUUCGCCUGCGUCUACGGUGGCUAUGCUUAAGGAAAGAAUUGUCACUGAAUGGCCUAAAGAUAAGAAAAUAGCACCCAAGGCAGCAAAUGACAUCAAAAUUAUAAAUGCGGGGAAAAUUUUAGAAAACAACAAGACUGUUAGCCAGUGUAAGGCUCCUUUUGGGGAUCUUCCAAAAGGUGUUAUCACUAUGCAUGUUGUUGUUCAGCCAUCUAUAGUGAAGGCAAAAACAGAGAAAAAAGUUGACGAUCCCCCUCGAAGAAAUUUCUGUGCAUGCUCUAUACUGUAAAAGAACAAGGUCUCCAAUCAGGUUAUUGUGCACAGGUUUCCUUGAUGCUGUUAGGAUCUCAUGGCCACGGAAAUUGGCAUCUGCUGGACAAGACUAUAAUGGUGUAAAAGACGCCAUCCCGGGGUGUGGUGUGUUAGUUGGAGGGAAAUCUUGUGUAACAAUAUGCUGGUAAUUCUGUAUUUUCUGUUCUAUAAAAUGCGUGUUCCUGUAUUUUCUAUACCUUAUACAACAUGAAAUACUUGUCUGUGAAACAUAUUUUAUCUAAUUUCCAACAUAAAUUUUAGCCCCAUCUACCAA